CCAAAUGGCCCACCUGGAAAAGAUGGUACAAGUGGCUACCCAGGUCCCAUUGGGCCCUCCAGGUCCUCGUGGAAGCAGAGGCGAAUCUGGUGCUCCGGGUCCUGCGGGUCAUGGGGUCCUCCAGGGCCUCCUGGUCAACCUGGAGCUCCUGGUCCAUGCUGCGGAGGUGGUGGCCCAGAGAACCUUGAAAAAGGACCAUCCUACUACAGAGACCAGCCAGAUGAGGACAAAAUAGCCAUGAGCGAUAUUUUAACUUCGCUGAAGUCAAUCAACAACCAAAUCGAAAACAUUGUUAGCCCCGAUGGCUCACGGAAGAACCCAGCUCGGAAUUGCAGAGAUCUGAAGUUCUGCCAUCCUGAACUUAAGAGCGGGGAAUACUGGAUCGAUCCCAACCAAGGUUGCAAAUUGGACGCCAUUAAAGUAUACUGCAAUAUGGAAACUGGGGAGACGUGCAUCAGUGCUAAUCCUAUGAGUGUUCCAAAGAAGAACUGGUGGACAAGCCCAGGACCUGAAAAGAAACAUAUUUGGUUUGGAGAGUCUAUGAAUGGAGGCUUCCAGUUCAGCUACGGAGACCCAGAUCUUCCAGAAGAAGUUGCAGACGUUCAGCUGGCCUUCCUUAGAAUUCUUUCUAGCCGAGCAUCUCAGAAUAUCACCUAUCACUGCAAAAACAGUAUAGCUUACAUGGACGAGGCCAGCGGGAAUGUGAAGAGAGCCCUGAAGAUGAUGAGUUCUACUGACAGCGAAAUCAAGGCAGAAGGAAACAGCAAGUUCACAUACACCGUCCUGGAAGAUGGCUGUACUAAACACACUGAUGAAUGGGGCCGAACCGUCUUUGAAUACAGAACACGCAAGACAAUGCGGUUGCCGGUGAUAGAUAUCGCACCCUUCGAUAUCGGCGCUCCCAAUCAAGAAUUUGGUGUGGACAUUGGCCCGGUUUGCUUCUUAUAAACCCGAGAAUCAUGCUCAUUCCGAACCCCAACAAACAAAUUCACACUCCCAUCUUUGCUCUUCUUGUCUUAACCUUGUCAGCUAUUAAGAGUCAAAUCAACUGUAUCCCAGUUAUUUAUUUGCAAAAAAAAUUCUGGAGAGAGGGAGGAAAGAGAUAAAUUGAGAUAAAAAAUACCAUUUUCUUAUUUUUGCUCUUUACACGACAUGCAACAAAAUCCCUUCUGCUGUUUCUUUCACCAAAUUGGGAAAAAACCCCCUUCCAACAGUAUCUCCAUGGUGCUACAUUACAACCUCAACACUCAGUACAGCAAAACUGUAAUUAUAAUUGAAUGCUUGCCCACCAAUCAAGCACUGACGGAUUCCAGCAUCCAAGUUUGCCCUCCAAUAUAAGAUGCAGUUCAUAAAGCUAGAGAGAAUUCCCCGUUUCAACUACCUCAACAUGGACAGAAACUGGGAUGAGUUUGAUGAUUCACACCAAGAGAACCAACUCAAAAGAUGUUGGAACCAAUGAAUACAUCUGGUCAGGUGGUUUUGUUUCUGUACUGAUUUUUGAUGAACAGAGUACAGUCCAUCUGAAGAAGUGAAUGCCCCUAGUGUCAACAGACUAAUAUAAUUUUAUUGCUGGACUGCAUUGUGUGAUGUUUUUGAUUUUAUUUUU